AAAAUAAAAUAAUAGAUGAGAAGAAUGAACAGCUGAGAGAGAAAGAGACUCUACUGGAGAUCACAGUGAAAGAGGUGGAAAGCAGUAAAAAGCAGCUGGAGACUCUGAGAAAGGAGCUGCAGGACAAGAGCAGUGAACUACAGGAGAUGAUGAUCCUACUGGAACAACAGAAAACUGAACUGAGGGAAAAAGACAGACUGCUUGAAGAGAAGGAGAGACUUCUUAGUGAGAGAAACACACAGCUGAUGGAACGAGACAAGCAGGUUGAGGAGAAAGACAGACUUCUAGAGGAGAGAAACGAGCAGCUGCAGGAAAUAACAGAUCCACACUCAGCAGCUCCAGCCUGGAGAAGAAGAAGGAGCAUAGAUGCUGAGCCUCCAGAAAUGGGUGGAGAAUCCUCUAGUGCUGCCUCUCCAGUGUCAGUUCCUGUAGCAGAGCUCAGGCUGGUUCUGCUGGGGAGGACUGGAUGUGGGAAGAGUGCAGCAGGAAGCACCAUCCUGGGCAGAGAGGAGAGGAGUCAGGCUGGAGCGUCUACAGUGAGGCAGCAGAGUGAGAGCAGACAGGGGGAGGUGGCUGGGAGGCAGGUGACUGUGGUGGACACUCCUGACUGGUUCUGUCCUGGACUCUCUCUGGAGGAGCUGAGACAGGACGUGGGACUCUGUGUCCGUCAGUCUGCCCCAGGACCCCACGCCUUCCUCCUGGUCAUACCAGUGAAGCAGCCUACAGGAGAGGAGAGAGGCCUGCUGGAGAAAAUGGAGGAGAUUUUUGGAGAGAGAUGUUGGAGGAGCACCAUGAUCCUUUUCACUGUUACUGAUGAAGUCCAAGAGAAGAACAUUGAUGAGUUUAUCCAGUCAGGAAACCAGGAGGUCCAGAGACUUGUAGAGAAAUGUGGGAACAGGUUUCACUGCCUCAACAUUAAGGAGAGUGGAGAUGAUUCUCAGAUCUCAGAGCUGCUGGAGAAGAUGGAGAAGAUGGUGGAAGGAAACAGAGAGAAAUUCUACAGCAGUGAGAUCUACCUGGAGACAGAAUCUCAGAUCAGAGAGAUUGAGAAAAGAUUCAUAAGAGAAAGAGAGGAGAUAAAAAAGAGACAAGAAAGACAAAGUAGACAGAAACUUAAGAGAUGUGAACAGGAGACUUUUAUAAAGUUCACAGAAUCAAAUGCUAACUUUCAUGCACAAAUAAAUCAGCAUGAAGAGCAAAUAACUAAGCUUGAGAGAGAGUUAGAAGAGGAAAGAGAUGAGAAGAGAAAAGUAGAGUUGGAGAGAGAGGUGGAGAGAGAGAUUCAGCAGAAGAAUGAGGUUCAGUUGGAGCUAAAAAGACUGAAAGAAGAGACUGAAAAGGAGAGGAGAGAGAUGGAGGAGAGACACAGACAGGAGAUGGAGGAGAUCAGGGAGACGCAUGAAGGAGAAGCCAGAAUGGAGACUGAGAGGAACCUCAUGAAGAUCAUCCUGCCUGAACUCCAGCAGAGAAUCUGGGAAGUCAUAACAAAGAAACAGAAAGAUUUUGAUUGCAAGAUGGAUGAAAAGGAGAGAGAGUUAGAAACACUGAGACAGGGACUCGGAGAGGGAGUCAGAGAGGGAAUCACAGCAGGAGGAGACGAUCAUGAGGAGGACACUAGAGGACUGUUUAGCAGGUUAACACAGGUGUUCUUUUGGUGGACAGGCAGAGAUCCAGUUAUAAUCACUGGGUCAGAUCAGUGAGAGCUCCUGACCGACUUUCAGUCAUAGCAGAUGCACUGGUUUCUCUGGGGUGCAAGGAGUGAUGUAGUUCGAAACAUUAAUUUGGGCCAAGAAUGAGCAGUUAUGCUACAUGCAAACACAGGGCACAGAGAUCAGACUGCUUCACUUACUGCCUUUAAUUACUCAUUCAGGAUCAGCUCUUAGGGCUGCAGUGAAUGUGAAGCAGCUCCCACUGCUUUGGGAGCCACAACAUUUUAUGUCCAUGUUAUUGAAGUAACAUUUUACCAUCUUGGCUCAAAAUAUGUCUUAAUAUGCGCUAGCUUAUGUCCUGGUAUAUAAAAAAAUAAUUUAAAUGCAGACUUACUUUGCUCUGGUUCAAGCUCAUGUUUUGGUGUUGAUUGUGCGUAUGUGUAUAUUUUUACAUUUAUUUUAUGUUUAUAUUUUCAACUCAAGCAUGUGAUGUUUCUCAUCAUCAUUAAACAAUCUUUUCAUUUUCUCA